ACGAGCGCGUGGCUGCCUCACUGGCUGGCCUUCCCCAUUCAGUGUAUGCGUGACAUCGCGCCAUGCCGUGCUAUCCAGGCCGCCACUCUACCGCUGCUUAACUACUUUUUUCUCUUUUCUAUCUCUAUUUCCUCUCGUUCUAUUCUAUUCUUUACGUCUCUGUGUGUGUCUAUCUGCCUCUCCUUCGAAUUAUCUCUCUUUCUCUAUCUCCCUUUCCUCAUAUCGUGCAAAACAAGAAAUAAACAAGUACAUGUGCAACGUAUCGAGUUAUUACCGUUUCAUUAAAUUCUGCUUCUGGCUAUGUUUCCUUAUACAUCCGUACCGAGUGUUCAAAGUGGCUAAUUGUUUUACAUUGGUGCUGCGAUGAUAUGUUGAUUGUUUAUAAAUUGUGUGCCUCCAGUAGAGAGGAGAGAAAUUAGUUGAAAAAAAAGUGUGCUACAUUUGCUGCUGCUCGAGUAUUAGUGGCACGUAGAGAUAAGCAUUACUUUCAAAGUGUUUCAUUGGAUAUCGAAGAAAAAUCGGAUGUCGCUGUAAUAGAGAGGUCGACAGGGCGCCGAGAGAGAGAGAGAGAGAGAGCCGAGAGCGGCCCAGGCGAGCCAGCAGCCAUGUGACAUCGUCGAUCCUCGCAAGCGCUCGGGUGUGAGAGUCGUAUUGGCUCGGCGCAGGGCAGUCCGAGCCUCCGCCUGGGCUCCGAGAGAUGAGCGGCGAGGGCCAGUCGUCGUCGGAUCUCCAAGAAUGUGGCGCAGGCAGCGAGUACGGCAGCGGCAGCGAGGAGACGGCGGCGCUGCUGAGCCCCAGGGCCUCGGUCCAGCCGGUCGUCGUGCCGCCCCAGGCCUCGACGGUCGUCGUGCACAUAGGCAGCGCCAACUCGUCGAGCGCCGGCAGCAUCAACAGCCUCGGCUCGUCGUCGCGCCAGCAGCAGCAGCAGUUCCACCAACAGCAGCAGCAAGGCCCGUCCGGCAGCAGACUGGCCGGCCAGAACAAGCCCGUGCUGCAGCGACAGGACCGAGCCACCUACCUGGUGGCCUCGCCCCAGCUCUCUGUCUCGGGCUUGGGCGGCUCCGAGGAGAGCCAGCCGAGCGUCGAUGACCCGACGACGGCGGGGUCGGCCGCGAGGUCCGUGCCCGACAUCGAGCUCCAGUGCCGGCUGGACGAGCAGCAGCCCCAGCUGCAGCACCAGUCGUCGUCGCUCAACGUACAGCACCACCAGCACCAUCAGCACGCACUGCCGCACCUCUGCCAUCAUCAGCAUGGCCAUUACAGAUCGAGGCAUCACUCUCAUUUUCAUCCUAGAUGUAGGUGCGACCGGAGGGACUCACUGGCGCCCUCCUCGGCGCUGCAUCUCGCCAGAAGCGUAUCCAGGGAAUCGGUGCGCUCGGGCGGUGGCGGCAUCAGCAUCGGCGGCGGUGGCAGCGGCGCCUCGUCCUCGCACCACUGCUGCCCGUGCCAGGGCGGCGGCGGCUCCGGCCACGGCCUCAUCGGGGCCCACUACGUCGGCGGCGGCUCGGGCAGCCACCUGCCCCCGGCGGUGCUCGUGACCUCGUCGCCCACCUCGAGCCGCAUGAUCCGGCAGAGCUCGCAGCCCGAGGCGGCGGCCGUCGGCGCGGCCAACUGCGGCGGGACCUGCUGCUCCUGCUGCUGCCAGAGCUGCGGCUCGUGCUGCGGCGGCUACUCUCUGCACGGCCACGGCGGCUCGUACCACAGCGGCGCAGGCGUCGGGGGCGCCACCUCGCUGCGGCAGCUGCGCGAACCCGGCGACGGUAUAGCCGGUAUCGCCGCCGACUCGCUGAGGAUCAACGGCGGCAUCAGGCAGUUCCGACAAGGGGUGCUGCUCUGCCCCCGCACACUGGCCCAAGCCCGCAGAUCGAGACUGCGUCGCGCAUUGACCGAGGCUACCGCCGAGACAGUCAACUACGUCAAAGCGCUGCGGAAGCCGGCGUCGACUCUCUCGAUCCCUGGUGCUAUGAAGAGCAGCAGCAUGGGCGGGGGAGCCGGCUCCGGCGCGACGGCGGCGGACCAGGAGGCCGCCAUAGCCCUGGUGAGCGUGCACUCGGAGUACCCGCGGGCCAGCGGCGACGAGGGCGGCCGCGGGGGCAGCGGCGGACAGCAGGGCGCCGCCGGGGGCAGCCUCAGCGCCGCCAAGUCCGGCAGCAUCGGAGCCGCCUCCAAGCACAAGCCCAACGUCGGCUACAGGCUCGGCAAGCGCAAGGCCCUCUUCGAGAAGCGCAAGCGGAUCAGCGACUACGCCCUCGUCAUGGGCAUGUUCGGCAUCAUCGUCAUGGUCAUAGAGAGCGAGCUGUCCAGCGCCGGUAUAUACACCAAGGCCUCCUUCUAUUCAACUGCAUUAAAAACCCUCAUCUCCGUGUCGACUGUGAUACUUCUUGGCCUCAUUGUAGCUUAUCACGCUUUGGAAGUUCAGGAUGCAUUAUUUAUGAUCGAUAAUUGCGCCGACGACUGGCGCAUCGCCAUGACGUGGCAGCGCAUCACCCAGAUCAGCUUCGAGCUGCUCAUCUGCGCCGUGCACCCGAUACCCGGCGAGUACUAUUUCCUCUGGACGACGAAGAUGGCCAACAAGGGCGGCGAGAUCGGCUCGCGCUGGGUGCCCUACGACGUGACCCUCUCGCUGCCCAUGUUCUUCCGGCUCUACCUCAUCUGCCGCGUGAUGCUGCUGCACUCGAAACUCUUCACGGACGCCUCGUCGAGGAGCAUCGGUGCCUUGAAUAGGAUUAACUUCAACACGAGAUUCGUCCUCAAGACCCUCAUGACCAUAUGCCCGGGCACGGUACUGCUCGUUUUCAUGGUCUCUUUGUGGAUCAUCGCCUCCUGGACGCUCAGACAGUGCGAGAGGUUCCACGAUGACGAGCACGCGAAUCUGCUCAACGCCAUGUGGCUCAUAGCCAUAACCUUCCUGAGCGUCGGCUUCGGCGACAUCGUGCCCAACACUUACUGCGGCCGGGCCAUCGCCGUAUCCACCGGCAUGAUGGGAGCCGGCUGCACGGCGCUCCUCGUGGCCGUCGUCUCGAGGAAACUGGAGCUCACCAGGGCCGAAAAGCACGUUCACAACUUCAUGAUGGACACCCAGCUGACCAAGAGGCUGAAAAACGCCGCUGCGAACGUGCUGCGAGAGACGUGGCUCAUCUACAAACACACGCGCCUGGUCAAACGCGUCAAUCCUGGACGCGUGCGGACGCAUCAGCGAAAAUUUCUCUUAGCUAUUUACGCACUACGAAAGGUCAAAAUGGAUCAACGAAAGCUCAUGGAUAACGCCAACACGAUAACAGACAUGGCCAAGACGCAGAACACCGUGUACGAAAUCGUCUCGGACAUGAGUACGCGUCAGGACGCCCUGGAGGAGCGUCUGGUCUCGCUGGAGGACAAGCUGGUGUCGCUGCAGGAGCAGCUGGAGCUGCUGCCCGAGGCGCUGACGCGCUGCAUCGCCCAGCACGCCGAGCGUAUGGAGCAGAGACGAAACUUCCUGCAUCCGGACGCGGCUGCCGGUAGUCUCGUGCCUACUCCAUCCGGCCCGAGCGGCGUGGCGACGGCCGGCACCAGCAUGAGCGGCGGGGCGGCCACCGUGCAGGCCUCGAGCUUCCCGGGCUUCGCCAGCAUCGGCGCGACGGGCUCGAUAAUCCCGGCCGGCCAGCGGCUCCCAGCCGACCAGCAACAGCCGCAGCAGCAACUCCACCAGACGAUGGUCAGCGUGCUGCCGCACUCGAGGAGCGGCCCGACGACGGUCUCGCUGCACCCGUGGCCGGCCUCGCCGGUGCUGCCACCCGUCUCGAGCCGCACCCCUCACCUGGUCCCGGAGACCGGCUGCGGAAUCGUCAGAAAGGAACAAACGACUGCCAGUACGUCGAGGCUGGCCUCGGCCACUUCGUCGGCUUCCUCGGCCUCAUCUUCUCAACAGCAACAGCAGCAGCAGCAGCCGCCGCAGCAACAGUCGAGCCAGGGCUCGGACGGCUCGUCGCCCCAGACCAGCUGAGCCUCGGCCCUGCACUCGCAGCAUUCCUACUGAGAGGUGCUAGUGGUGCUGAUGAACUAUGCCGAGCGCGUCUUCCUUCCUAACGAUCAUGGCUGCACACAUUUCCUGAUCAGGCCGAUUAUUAUUAUUAUUAUUAUUAUUAUUGUUAGCACGAGCACUACCGAAAUCUCGAAUCGCCGAUAUACUAAUUUUACCACUCGUCCGGUCUUUAUCGCUGCUAUAUUGUUAUCGUCGUCGUUAUUGUUGUUGUUGUUCUUAUCGUCGACUGCCAACGGUACGAAUGUAACUAGACUUUUUUCUAACACAUGUGCGACAAGCCACGAUGACUACGUGUUCUUCGAGCUAUACAGUGCCAAACUGGAGGACACUUUAUAUCGGUUCAUAGCUCAAUUAGCCUGGAUAAGGGGUGAUCUUUUUCAUUUUACACAAACUACUUAUUGAGCUCGACUUUCCAUGAAUUCUCUUAGAAAAAGUUAGUCGCGAUUUUCAGUUUUUUUUUUCCAAAUCAGUAUUAACGACCCAACGUACGUUGAAAUUGAUAAUUAGGGAGGAAAAUCGAGAUAUUAUAAGGAAUGACCUAGAUGGAAUUGCUUGUGCCUAAAACAGUGACAAUAGCACCGUGAGUUGAGUACCUGACUGGCUUAGAAAAUUGCUUCAACAUCCCACAACAGAUUACCGAGUGGAACCGGAAAAAUGACCAUUCUAUAACUUACACAUACACACACACACACACACACUUUCUGUACCUGUAAAUUUUUCCCACUAACCUGUAAUGUGCUCGCGGCUGACGGAGCGCGACAUCCGACAAAUUCGAUUUCUGCGACUAUCGAUCUCGGUCUCGCUUCAAACUUUGCUCGCAAAACUUUCUGCCAAAUCGCACUUGUCGGCUUUGUCACGCGAGUACUUUCCAGCUUCUACAACUCCUUCGUCUCUUUCGAUACACUUUUGAUCGAAACAAAAAAUCUCUGUACAUUAUAGAAUCGAAAGUCAUUAGGGUCCAAUUUUUCUAAUAGUAAAUAAUUCCUAAUUAUUGAAUACUACAUUAUCACGCCCUUAAUUUCGAAAAUGUAUAUCGCGACUGUUGUUUUUUUGUUUUCGACGAAAGAGAGAGAGAAAAAAUAAACGGACCAGGAUCGUGUGCUAAGCAAAAACGCGUGCAAAUCUCUUCCACUUGCUGCGAGCUGCUAUAGCUGCCCAACUUGCGUGCCUGAUGAAUCUUGAAAACAUAUUUGUAACAUAAACAAACAGCUCACAUCCCAUUAUAUAAGAAAGAUUGAAAUAUAUAUUGAGCAAAUAUAUGCAUAUAUAUAUAUAUUAAAAUGUAUAAAAUACAUAUAAUGUAUUAUGAGCCUGAAAGCUAAAUCGAAUAAAUUGCGAGAUAUUAUAUAUGUAUAAAUAACCAGUUGUAUUCGACACAACGAUAUUCCACGUACUGUAAAUGUAUGUAUAGUAAAAAACCAUAAAAUUUAUUAUACACAAAGCAGAGAAAUCAAUGUAUGAUAUAAUAAUGACUCUUUGCAUUACGUUGAGCGUAUACAUAUAAAGUAAAUAUAUUAUAUUAUAAACGUUGAUGAGCAUAAAAUAAGUGUGACAUUUGCGUGAAAACUGAUAAAUAUGUUGAACAUAAGCAAAAAGUGCACGUAGAGUUAUGCAUAAUGUAUGCCUUUUUCGUAUAAACAUGAAUAGGUGAAUAUCGUAAUGUAGUUAUUUAAGUGGACGUAUAAAUAUUUAACCGAAAGCAGAGCAAAAACUGCGAGUGAGCAUUCACAUAGAGAGUAAUGGAAUAUAAAAUUACACGUUUUCUAAUUCAUUAUUUAUAUAGGACAUAUAAAGCCUUGAAGGAUAAUAUAGUCAUUUGCGUAAAUAAUUAUAAAAAGUGAGUAUCAACUUUUUAAAAAGUUGAAUAUGAUACGUCUUAAAAUACAGAUAAUUUAGUGAACACGCGUAUGGUUGACUGUGGACUAAAUAAUAACUAUAACUCUUGUUGACUUUAUUACAUCGUUAUUUGUUAAAUAACAAGUAUUUACGCAUUAAAUAACCUUAUGCACGUGUUUUUGAAUCGAGGAUAUUUUUCAUUUACGAGCUUGAAAAAUCAUUCCCAAACUUGCAAAUGCUCGUACUUUCUUUGAAAUUUAAUCAUGAUUUGACAACAUUACUAAAAUUAAAAGUCACACCGUUUUCAUAACAAUUAACAAGCGUUUGCUUUAAUGAAGGCUCGAGAUGAAUUUUAGUUAAAAAAGUAUUAUUUCAUCGCAAAAAUAAUAAAGCUUGAAAAUUGAAAUUCAGACUGGCAUUAUAAAUUCAUGCUUUCUAAAUGGUAUUCUUUGGUUUAUAUUUUCAAAUAACUCAACACAAACUAUUGUUCAGAUCAAAACAGAAGAAAAAUACUACAAUGUAGGCAUCAUCAAUCCAACUAGUACUUGAGUGAAAAAUAUAUAAUGGCCAUUAAAAAUAUGACAUUUUGUCUAAUCGCGAGUUUCAAAAAAAUUAAGGAAAUAUGACUUUUGACCUCUUUUUCCGGACCAUCUGAACAAUCGAACGAUUUUUUCUUUACUUCUCGUUCAAGCUAAUAUACAUUUUAACAUUAAUUUAUCAUUUUGGCAUUAAACAGUGCUCCUGAAUAAACAUCGAUGAUAUAUUCCUAUUAAUAAAGUAGAUACCAAAGUGCAAAAACUCAAUUUUAAAUACUAUAGAACACUACGCAGGGACCUAUUCACUUGAACGAAAAAAAAUUAGUAAGAAAAUAAAUAUCGUCCAUAUUAUUUCAAGAAAAGUGGGAGUUUUCAAAGAGAAACGUGCAGGUUUCGCAAAUUAUUGCUGCGGAACGGGACCAAAUAUUAUGAAAAAGUGGUACAUGAAAAAUGAAGUACUAGUAAUAAUGAAAAUCUAAUUGAAUUAUAAGAGAAUUAUUUACUUUAAAAUUUUUCGAUUAAAAUUUGUUCAUUUUUGCCACUUUUACUCCACAAUUCAUAAACACAAAUUAUAGGAUUCUUAGAAAAUUAAUUUUCAUUUUAUUCAUCGCUUAAGGGCUUAGCUCGACGCUCUUUACUGAGUGUAGCGCGUUCGCGUCGCGAAAAAAAUUGAAACAUGCUACUCUUCGGCAAAGAAAGGCGGCAUAUACCUUAAAAUUGGAUUUUUUUUAAUUUUGAAUGGGAUUUUCUACCCCUUUUUUCUUCUUUUGCAUUUUCUAAUGUUUCAAGUAAUUAAAAAAUGUAUCCUCCCUGUAAUAAUAUUCGGAACGAAUGGUUUGAGCUACAAUAUCCAGGUGUUAUAAAUGUCUUCAAAAUAUAAAUAGUUACAACAAUAACCUUAGACAAGGUGGUCGAACCCGUAGGUCGCAGCGCACAAACACUUGAGCGUAAUUGUUUUCGUAUUUUAAGUAUUAUUUGUCAUUUUCAUCAUAAAAGUAUUCAUUGAGGGCGGCCUAUUUAAUUUGUGCGAUCCCAUCGUCCGAAAUGGCUGACAUGACUAUUGAUGUUUCGAAGAGAUAUACUGGACUGUAGCUCAUAUGAUGGUUCGCUUUGAAUAUUAUGACUAAAGUCGCGAAAAGAAUAAAAAUUUAGCACGCAAAUUAUACGAAAAAGGCUCUUGUAAACAACUGUUUCUAAGUGAUAAAUCAAAAAUUUGAAUUUUAAAAAAAUGUCUUGCCAAGACAAAGAAAAUUUUCAUUCAAAAAUGAAAUUAAAAAAAAUCUAAUUUGAGAUGUAUAGAAUCUCUUACUCAAUCGGUGUUUCAUACAUUUUUCAAAAACAACUGUUUUUAAUAAACCCCAUUUUAUGAACUAGUUCACACUUUGAAACAAUAUUCAUUGCAUUUGAUGACCUCAUGAAAAGUUAAAAAAUAAUAAUUAUAAUAGUACACAUUAAUAUCAUACGGAUUUUAACAUAAAAAAUAAAAUAUAACUUCAUUUUUUUAUCUAUUCAUGAAAAUUUCAAAUCCAUAUUCUUUAGUAUAAUGAUAACAAAAAAUCUUUUUGAUUAAAAUUGCAAUUAUGAAAACAAUGAUAAACAUAUUCAACCUAUUCAUUUAUUCAGUAUGAUUAUUGCAUUCGGAAGCAAGUACCGUUUAAAAUUGACGAAAAGAAAUCAUAAAAAAAAUUUUAUACGAACACAUUAUAUGUCCUUUACUAAAAUUGAAAAUAAUUCAAAAGGAAUUUGAAAAAAUAGUUUAGAAUUUUUCAAUUUAAAAUAUUUAGAACUGCAUAAUAAAUUCAUAACUAUUUCUAAGCCUACCGAUAGAACAAAAAUUAACUUGCAUAAAAAUACUCUUUUAUGAAGAAAUAAUUGUAAAUAUUUGUAUUGUUGCAUUCAUUUGCAACAUACUAUUUCGCUGAUGUGUUCAAUAUACUUAUUGAAUGUUUAUUUUCAUCAAAUAAUAUUAAAAAUGUUCCGUUUCAUAUCCAAAAUGAUUUAAUACCAAUAUUAAUGGUCUUUUUUCGUAUUGGAAUACGAUGCAUAACUGCUGCUAAUAAGAAUGCAUGAGAGUAUUAUCUAUACAUAGAAAUUUCAUAAGGUACUUAAGCUAUAAAUUAAUUAAUAAUUUCAGCCAUAAUACGCAAUGUGGCAACGAGUAUGUUAAGAAAUUAAUUCCGUAAAUAGAAUCAAAUCAUGAUUCGCCGAAUAUAAUGUUGAACUAAAUACGAAAUAAAAUUUAAAAAAAAACAUUGAUUGUUCAAUAGAAAAAAUCUGCAGCUAUAUUAGUUGUUGACUAUUAUCGAUAAUAUCUUACAUUUACUAAAAAAAUGAUAAAAUGUAAAAAAUGACCAAUUGUUAAAUGCAUAUACUAAAUCUGUGUUAUAUGCAUUAAUAAAUAACACAUCUUUUGCAAGGAUUUUUCAUCGAAAGUAUAACUUUUUAACGAAGAAAUUAAAGAAAUGAAUUGAACAUUAAUAACUUCAUCUUAAAAGUGAGUUAAAAAACAAUAAAUAUCCUAAAAAGUUAUCGAUAUUACUAUAAAUAAAAAAUAAAUAAAUUAUUGGAAGAUAUUAUAAUAUAAUGAGAGAAAUACAUCAAGACUCUUGAGAAACAAAAGCAACUUUUCGAUUUUUCUAAAUUUUCUUCUCCCAUUUAAAUCUUCUUUCCAUUCUCUUUGAUCACAAUUGAAUCUUCCGAUCAUAAUUGUCUCUUUCUCUAUUUCAUAAAAGUCAAUUGGCAUCAUUAAAACAGAUGUGCAUCGUCAUGAAUGUGUGAGUGAAAUUUUCACAUGAAAAAAUAACAAAAAAAUGUUUUUUGGUAUGCUUCAUGCACAAAAACAAGUCAGAAAACUAUAUUGAUUAAAAUAUCCAAAUACAUUAAAGAGUCAAAUGUGAUUAAUAUGAGAGUUGAGUGCUACUACAAAUACCGAAUGUAUAAUUUAUUAAAUGUUCAAUUGUGUUUCCAGCGAUAGCUUUCCUUUUAAUAUAAUAACUACAAUUGAAUUAUGUAUAACUAUAAAACAUCAGAUAAUUAUUAUUCAUUAUCAAAUGUGUUUUGUAUGAUUGUUAUCGCUAUCUAAAUUGUUUCGUAAUUAUAACGAACCCUUUUAAAAUCGAGAAAUUCUUAAUAAUAUUUUUACAUAAUAAUCUGUUUCAUUAGUUUCAUUUUCGAAAAUUGGUAAUUAUUAUGAUAUUUAAGCAAGAGUUGGUUUCUUUGGUACGGUUUUGUAUUUUUCAAACCCUUCAAGAUUUACUACGUCUACGUCGCCAAAACCCGCAUCGUCCAAUUUCACAGAAAACUUUUUUGUGUAUAAAAAUUACUGUAAAAAUUGAUACUGCUCUUUUCUGAUUUUGUAUAUAUGUACUUGUAUAGUUAUUAUUAACUUUGCGACGUUAUUUUAAUAUAUUUAGUACAACUGCGCUUUUCUACUUUGUGUGUGAAAUGAACUUCAUCCGAUAACUGCUGCAAACUUAUUAAAACAGACGACAUGGUUAAUCAAAAAAUUUCAUUAUCAUUGUAUUAGAAAUUAAGCGUGAAAAUACAAUAUGUAUUUUUAGCGUCUGAGACGAAGCGAUUCUUAGUUUUUUAUGAUUACUCUCUUUUGUUUUGUGCUAAAUAUAUGAUGUACGAUUAUUAAAUACGGGGACAACAUAAUUAGAUUUACUUGAGCAAUUGUACUUAAGUACACGAGUAUUAAGAAAAACUAUAGAUAAAUGAAGAGAGAUUAUGUAUUGAAAAAAGAUGAGCUGUGCGAAGAGUCUAUACUACUAAGGGAACAAGUACCGUAAUUAAAUGGACGUAAACUGUAUGAAAUGCCACGAUAUAUAAAAACGACGAAAAAUUUUGGUUUAGUUGUUAUAACAAUUAAGUCAUUAAAAAAAUAACAACUUAAAAAGGUAACUAAUCGUCAAUAAGGUUCAUAUGAUGGGGAACUACACCAAUGGAAAAAACGACAUAAGACACCGAUAAGUUUAACGGGAGAUUAUGCAAAAUGUACAUAUAAAUAUGAAAACGAUAAAAAAUAUAAGAUAAUGAUCUAUGCUAAACAAAAUUGACAUGAUUGAAGUAAAUUGAAAAACAAACGAAUUUCUCUCAUAGUAAAAGCAGGCGUAAAUUACAAACGAUUAUGUGAAUAUUCGUAAAUGAUAAACCUGGUAAACGUGUUCAAGUAUCACGUCAUACUAUUAAUGGAAAAAACUUGUAACGUUAAUAUAUAUAUUAUAUAUAAAAAAAAACUGUUGUCGAUGUAAAUAGAAUGUGAUUUGAGAUCGUCUUUAUAUUUUAGAAAGAAGCACAACGUUUGUUACAAGGAGAAAAUGUUACUCUAUUAUAUAAUGGCUCUAACAUUAAAAAUUUAUUAAAGAUUUGUUAGCAGCUCUA